CGGCCCGGCCCGGCUCGGCUCGGCUCGGCGCAGGCUCGGCCGGGACUGCGCCGCUCCCGCCUCGCAGCAGCGCCACUGGGCCGGCACCGGGCCGGGAGCGGAGCAGCGCAGCGGCAGGAGCGGGCCGCGCCGCCAGCGCCCGCCGCGGGACUUUGCCCACCCUCACCCCCCGAACCGGGCCGGCGCCGCGGCUGAGCUGCCCGAGCCCGCCCGGGGCCUCGCCGGCAGGCCCGGCCGCCGCGCCCCGCUCUAGCUCGGGCCGCAAGCGGGACAGGCGGAGCGGCGGGGCAUGGACCUGCGGGCCUAAAGGCGGCGGCGGCGGCGGGGCAGCCGCCCUUCCCGACCCCCCUGCGGGCGAGCCGGCGGGCGGGGGGUCGGGGCGGGCCGGCAGCGGGACAUGGGCCCCUGCGCGGCGGCCCUCGGGACAGCGGCAGCUGGCGGGGCGCGCCGCCCGCCCCCCGCGGGCGAGAGGCCGUAAACAGCGGCGGGGAGCGGGGGACGGGGACCCGGCGGGCGGGCCGACACCCCCUCCUGCCGAGAGCCAGCCGCGGGGGGCGGGCGGCCCCGGCGGCGUGGGGAGCCCCGCGGGCGGCCGGCCCCGCGCCGGCGCCCCCCGAGUUUUUGGCCGCUGGCAUUGCCGCCUGCGCGGACACCGGGGACUCCCCUCCGCUCCGAAACUCCGGACCGCUGAGGACUGGCAGCUUCGGAAGAUUUUACUUUCUCGGCACGCGUUACUUUUUCCCCCUUUUUCCUUGGGGCUAAGGGAGCAUCGAGGGGAACAGCUCGUUUUCUUGGUUUUUGUUUUGUUGGAGUUUUUCCUGAACAUCCUCCACACCCCACUUCCGUGGUCUGGAUAUUCUGGGUGACUGCAAGAAGACUUUUGGAAUUGUUUCGGAUUUUUUUUUUUUUUUUUUUCCUCCUGCCCUUGAACUGAAUUUGUCCUCUGUGCAUGCCUCUUCUGGAGCAAGGCUGGAUCCUGAACCUCAGUGCAUGUGGGGGGCAAAGCCUCGUUAAUAUUCCUGAAGUAAUAAUAAAAUGUAAAUUGGAUAAUACGACUUCUUGCCAAAGGCUCCAAUGAGUGGCACACAGUCCACAAUCACGGACAGGUUUCCUCUCAAAAAACCUACAAGACACGGCAGCAUUCUGAGCAGAGAGUCUCCAGCUGACAAGAAACAGAAGGUUGAACGCUGCAGUAGUACGCACGACUUUGAUCCGACAGAUAGCUCCUCCAAGAAGACAAAGUCUAGUUCGGAGGAGAGUAGAUCCGAGACGUAUGGUCUUGUUCAACGGUGUGUUGUUAUCCAACGGGAUGAAAACGGAUUUGGGCUGACGGUCAGCGGAGACAAUCCAGUCUUCGUGCAGUCGGUCAAAGAAGAUGGAGCAGCCAUGCGGGCUGGAGUGCAAACAGGUGAUAGAAUUAUCAAGGUGAAUGGCACACUUGUAACACACUCAAACCACUUGGAGGUGGUAAAGCUGAUCAAGUCGGGUUCCUAUGUAGCUCUCACUGUUCAGGGGCGCCCACCAGGGUCACCCCAGAUUCCAUUAGCUGAUUCUGAAGUGGAUCUGGCAGCAUUUGGCCACAUGUCUCCCAUCAUGACAUCUCCUCAUUCACCUGGUGCAUCAGGAAGUGCAGAAAGGAUUACUAGCCCAGUGCUUGUGGGGGAGGAGAAUAAUAUUGUCCACAACCAGAAGGUGGAGAUUCUGAGAAAGAUGCUACAGAAAGAGCAGGAGCGGCUGCAGUCUCUGCAAGAAGAGUAUAGCCGAUCACCCACCACACGACUGCUCAAAGAGAUACAGGAAACGAAGAAGCACAUUCCUCAGCUGCAAGAGCAGUUGUCCAAAGCCACAGGCUGUACUCAGGAUGGGGUCUUGUCCUCUAGGUCUGUGAUGGAGUCGCUGCAGAUCAGUGAAGUGGAGUCAGAGAGCGGGGACUGUGUGAACAAACUGGAUUACAGUGGUGACAGCCCCUCCCGACCAAACAGUGACAUUUCUGAUAGUCCUCGCAGUGGCUUGAAGGAGCGGAUUUAUCCGGAUGAGAGCCCAGAAAAGACUGAGGUUCAAGAUACUGAUUCCCAGUCCAGUGUUGGAAGUCCUUUAUCCCGAGUGGGCCCUCAGAUCAUUGGAGCAGAGGAUGAUGACUUUGACACUGAACAGGAGCAGAUUAAUGGACAAUGUAGCUGUUUCCAAAACAUUGAGCUCCUGAAAUCUCGGCCAGCUCACCUGGCUGUUCUUCUGCAUCAUGUGGUGUCCCAGUUUGAUCCUGCAGCACUGUUGUGCUACCUUUACACAGACCUGUAUAAGCAGACCAACUCCAAAGAGACUCGGCGUGUUUUCCUUGAAUUUUACCAAUUCUUCUUGGACCGAGCUGCAAAUCUGAAAGUUCCAGUUCCAGAUGAAAUCUCCUUAGAACUAGACAGAAGAAGGCCAGAACUCCUUCCUGAAGAGCUUCAUCGUCAGUUUAUACAAACUAUGCAAGAUAAAGUCUGUCCAGAAGUUCAAAGGAAUCUGGAGGAUUUCAGGCAGAAACGUAGUAUGGGAUUGACUCUGGCAGAAGGAGAGCUAACCAAGCUGGAUGCAGAAAGAGUUCGUGACCGGAAUGCGGUGGAGAAGGAAAGAGCAUGUGCAGAACAGAUUAUUGCUAAAAUUGAGGAAGUCUUGAUGACAUCUCAGCCUUUGGAAGAAGACAAGAGUUCCACAAUGCAGUAUGUGAUUCUUACUUACAUGAAACACCUGGGAGUCAAAGUUAAAGAACCUCGGAACCUGGAGCAGAAGCGUGGCCGUAUUGGUUUCUUGCCAAAGAUCAAGCAAAGUAUCAAGAAAGAGAAAGAAGGAGAGGAAAAAGGAAAGAGAAGAGGCUUUCCUAAUAUUCUGGGCCCACCAAGGAGACCAAGUCGACAUGACAGCAGUGCAAUUGGCAGAGCCAUGGAAAUGCAGAAACCCCGCCAUCCAAAGCACUUACCUACAGCGUCUUCUGUUAGCCCAGAGCCACCAGAUUCUAGCAAGAUGCGCCAGAGUGGUUCCUCCAGUGAUGGAGCAGAUGCACCGUACACACCUGCCAACCCAAUGUCUCCUUUGGCAGUGGGUCCCUUUUCCUCUCCAGAGGGAAGCAAGGAUGGCGAAACAGGAUUGAAGCAGACUGGAGAAGCUCCACCUACUAAUGACUGUAUGGAUGGCACACCCCGCACACCUAAUAAUACCUUUGAAUUCCCAUCUCCUUUGGAAAACUUGCAGGAGGAGGAGGGAGAAUCAGAGAGAAUGGUUGACAUGGGAACACCAAAGGCUUUUCGCAAGAUCGACAGUGUUGGUUUCACAGAUGUACAAAGUGAAGAUGAGCUAUAUGAUUUUGACAUGGACAUGGAUCCUCCCAACUGGCAGCAACUUGUGAGCCGAGAAGUGUUGAUGGGGCUGAAAGCCUAUGAAAUCAAGCGCCAAGAAGUGAUUAAUGAAUUGUUUUACACCGAGAGAGCUCAUGUCCGCACGCUGAAGGUUCUGCAUAGUGUCUUCUACCAGCGCGUCACCCGGGAAGGGAUCCUGAGCUCCAGUGAUAAACGGAAAAUCUUUUCAAAUCUGGAAGAUAUCCUUGGGCUUCAUGUUGCAUUGAAUGAUCAGAUGAAAGCUGCGCGAAAAAGGAACGAGACUUCUGUUAUUGGCCAAAUUGGGGAAGACUUACUUUCUUGGUUUAGUGGACCCGCAGAGGAGAAGCUGAAACAUGCAACUGCCACUUUCUGCAGUAACCAGCCCUUUGCUCUAGAGGUCAUCAAGUCACGCCAGAAGAAGGACUCUCGCUUCCAGACUUUUGUGCAGGAUGCUGAGAGUAAUCCACUGUGUCGCCGGUUGCAGCUGAAGGAUAUCAUUCCCACAGAGAUGCAGAGGUUGACUAAGUACCCCCUUCUACUGGAUAACAUUGCUAAGUACACAGAACUGCCUGAAGAGAAAGAGAAAGUGAAGAAAGCAGCAGAUCAUUGUCGUCAGAUCCUUAACCACGUGAACCAGGCUGUCAAAGAGUCUGAGAACAAGCAGCACUUGGAAGAUUAUCAGCGUCGUCUUGACCUGUCCUACUUGAAGCAGUCUGAGGAUCCUAUGAUGGAUGAGUUCAGGAAUUUGGAUCUAACAAAGAGAAAAAUGCUUCAUGAAGGACCUCUAACUUGGAAGGUUAAUCGUGACAAAACUAUUGAUCUCUACACUCUGCUUCUGGAGGACAUUCUGGUGCUGUUGCAGAAACAAGAUGAUAAACUGGUACUGAAGUGUCACAGUAAAAUCUUGGCAUCGACAGCUGACAGUAAACACACCUUCAGUCCUAUCAUCAAAUUGAACACUGUUCUGGUUCGUCAGGUGGCAACAGAUAACAAAGCUUUCUUCGUCAUCUCCAUGUCAGAAAAUGGUGCUCAUAUUUAUGAACUGGUGGCACAGACUGUUUCAGAGAAGAAUGUAUGGCAAGACCUUAUAGCUCAGAUGGCAGGGACUGUAAAAAUGGGGAGUACCAGAAGAGUGAUUCCAUUACCACAGUCAGGACCUGGCGAAGAAGAGCGUGAAGAAGAGGAGCAGCAGAAGCUCAAAGAGCAGCAUGACAUUCCUGCUAGUAGUCUACAAAGUCCAGAUAAAGAUUUGGGCCUUGAAUCUCCCUUAAUACUGAAUGCUCAGUCGUCUUCGCCCAUCAUGUCUGAAAAGUCCAAGGUAGAAAGUCUUCUUGUGUCAGAAAGACAGUUUGAUAAAGUGCAGCAGGCAGACCUAACACUUAAAGAUUCUUCUCCGUGCUAUGAACACACAACCAGCGGUUUACCUUCAGUAUCAGAAGGGCAGUGGGCACUGGAUGCAUUAAGGAACUUGGGCUUGCUGAAACAAUUGUUGGUACAGCAGCUUGGCUUUUCUGAGAAGGGGACCCUUGAAGACCGGCAGCGCUUUCCCAGGUUUAGGACCGUUUCUCAAGAAGCCCAGGUGGGAAGUGGAAAUGAGACUGCACUACAGCACUCUGACAGUAGCAGAUUUCACCAGCCUGGAACAGACAGAACGCUUCCAAGGACCGGAACUAAUGAGUCCACAGCUAGUUAUGGCCUCCGGACUUCAGCUGAACUGCCAGCUUCAGGGGAUGCCAUGCAGCUGAUAGUGAGAGACCCCAGAUCAAGUAGUAACUUAGCAAUAGACCACAUGAGUGUGAAUCUGGAGAUCUCAACCACAGAGCUGGAAGGGGUGGGUGCUGAUGAAAGCGGGGAGCAUUUUUUUGAUGCUCGAGAAGCUCACAGUGAUGAAAAUCCCUCUGAAAGUGAACUAAUGGAAAGGAAGGAGGAAGAGGAUGUGCAAAUACGGAUCUCAGGAAAUUAUUUGAUCCUUGAUGGAUACGGAACAGUGCAGGAGAGCUCCACAGAUGAGGAGGUAUCGUCUCUGGUUCUCCAGUGCACUGCAGGUGGCCGCACCUCUUUGGACUCUGCACAGCAGCAGCCACUUUCCCCACGGGACACCCAGUCAGAUGGAGGAAGCUCCCCGUUUGCUGAGGAGAUGAUGGCCUCACGCUGGGGGGGAGUGGAAGAGUCCUGCUCGUUUGUAGCAAGCCCUCACUUCUCGAUAGAGUCACGUGUGCAGAUGAUGCAGUAUAUUCAGAAGAUAGAGGAUGACCUUGAAAAGUUAAAGGAGGUUGAGGAAGACUACACCAUUCUCCGACGCCAAGGGCUGGCUGGAUCAGCCUCCACAGGAGAGCACUCAGACAAAAGCUAGUCAUGUUUUCAGGAGUGGCUGAAGAUUGGAUGAAGAGUAUCAGAACACAGCACCGCUGUCUUCCUUGUGGACUCUGAGACAAGAGGGUUUGGACCAUCCAAACGUGAACCAUACUCUAGCAAAGUGGGCAUGGGGUGCUUUUCCUGUGGGGCAUCUGCACUAUCUUGUCAGUGAGGGAGUCUAUGCUAUUCUACUCCUCUCCUUGCUACCAGAAAUUCAUUUUUCAGAACAGAAAAACCAAACCAAAUGUACAGAGCUUUGGGUGUAGGAUAUAAAAAUGUAUUUAGACAUUUAAAAAAAAAAAAAAAAUCAAUGUAUUUAUUUGACUUCAUUCCGUGUAUCAAAAGCACAUUUUAAUUUUUUAAUCUGCCUUUUUUGUUCUAUUUUAAUUGGGUAGUGACAGUUCUAGCCCUCUGCAUAUCGUACACCCUUCCCGCUACUGCUCCUGAACCAAAGUCAGGUCUGAGGGGAGAGGGUGUGCCUAUGUGCAAGUGUAUCUUUACUUCGCUGGACUGGACUCUGCACUCCCUGCUGGCAAUCAGACUGCCAUGCGAAGAGCUACUUAUGAAGGUGUUAGGAUGACUUGUGGCUGGAACUAUCUAUUCAACAACUGCAUGGGAACCGCUUAUGUCACCACACGCGUAACAAGAAUUUUCCAUGCGCUCAAUAGCCAGGCACUUGAGAUGGGCAAAUUUUCUUUUUUCCCUCUCCCAUUAGGGGUCUCUUUUGUUGACAUGCAAGAUUAGAUGGGAGAGGAGAAAGAUAGGUUUAAUUUUUUUGUUGACUUUGUUGGCUUUGAUCAUUGUCUCCUUUGUAAAGUGAUAAAAAUACUUGGACCUGCAGCACUUUUGUAACUCUUCUCUGGAUCAAAAAGAAAAAAUGCAAACCCAGAAGUGUUUCAAAGAUGUGGGGCAGAUCUGCCCCUGAUUCACUACUGAAUGAAUAAGGGCUGCCAUUUGAGUUAGCCACAGGUACUGCUGAUUAUAGGGCCAGUAAGUUUUAGUACCUGAAAGUAUAUCUUGCUGAGGGCUUGGGGUGGGUUUGGGGUUUUUUCCGGGGGGGUGGGAUUGGGUUGGUUUGGUGUUUGAUUUUUUUUUUUUUGUUGUUGUUGUUUUUUGUUUAGUUUUGGUUUUUUUAAACUGAUCGGUGCCAAUGUGUUCUCACUGAAACAGAGAUGUGCAAAAGAAAGAAUGCUGAAACAGUUCUCUAGUACUUCCUUAGGCCUGUUCUAAUGGGUUUUGCUGUUGGAAUUCCUUCCAGUCUGGGAACAAGAUGGUAAAUACCAGGCUUACUAGCAGAGCUAACACUGGACAGUCUAAGCCGUCUGUGCCUCUGCUCUGAGGCUGAUCCUAGGGCAGGCAGUUCCUCCUUGGCAUAAGAUGGUUCAAGCUGUCCCUGGUAUCACAGGAACAAUGAAUAGGACUGCUAGUGGAAAGUGUGUAAGGCAGUCUCUUCUGCACGCUUUUCCCAAGUUCUAAAAUAUUUAACAAACCCAAACUGAACAGCAUGCCAAACCUGUAAAUCCCAUUAACACACCAGAACUGCUAUAGCAUUAUUUGCAUCACUGCAUGCAUCAUGAAGUGCUGAGACUAUUUCUUUGGUCAGCAUAAAGAUCAUAUUCCCUUCUCCUUUAAAACAAACGUUUUCUCCUUAGCUACUGGCAAGAAAUCAGAUCUGUCCUUUGCCUACUCAUGUAGGGAAAAAAAUCAGUUCUUGUUCUUCCCAUUAGAAGUAUGCAAGGGAUAAGUUAAUGUAAAGAUUGACAGAGGUUGAGCAGAGAUGAUUUUGGGCCUGAUGUGGAAGUUGGAGCCAUGAGCCCUUACAGAGGAGGGAGGAGUUUCUCUUGUUUUAAGAGCCGAUUGCACAAAGUAUCAUUUUCACCAGCGGAGCAUUACACUGCCAACACAAGCCAAAGUGUUCCCUUCCAGGCCGGCAGGAGCUUCCUCUACCUUGGGACCCACCAAGGCCUGUCCCGGUGCACCUGUAUGAGUAUACUGUCAGUAUUAGCCAAGCACUUCCAUUCUUGGUGGGUGGGAUCUCCCCUCCUCACCUUCAGCCAUACGGUUCCUUUGGUUAUAAACAUCUAGAUUUCUUCUGAUAAGCCCCCAAACUAGAAUGCUGCCUCAGGCUGAUGUGACAUCUGUUACCUGAUCCUGCCAGAAAGAGAACGGGGCUAUAGCCAGACUUCAUGUUUAAGGCCCUUUCUCCCCAUCAAUUCCCCUUCAUCAGUUGAUACGAUGCUUGCCUGGGUCUACACACUUCAGAAGCAGCAGCAGUUAUUAUGACCUUAGCUGUUUACAAGCUUUCCAGCAGACUUCCAUGGUUGAUAGAAAAUUACCACUGAACUCUUAGAGCUUAGUCAGGCUUUUCAAGAGGUUGCUGGAAGACCAGAAAAGACAAGACCUGUGGAGGCCUGGUUGUGUAAUACUCUUUGCUUGUGACUGAAGACAAAAUCCUUGGUUCUCUGUUUUCUCCAAGUUGCAUGAAUUUCAAGGUUCAUGGUGAGCAACAUACUGUAUAAGGAGCAUAUAGCUGUUUGAAUGGGCCAUCGGGGAGCAAUCUGCCCGUGCUGCCUCUGACUUCUUCACCUUUGCAUAAGCAUUUUGUAGCAUCAUCCACCACUACGUUGUUUCAUCUCUAACAGAUGUAGCAGCAGUGAAAAAGCUGGGAAUGUGGAAUAUUUAUGUUGCCAUGUCAUCCUUACAUUUCUGCCUCCAGAGGUGCUGGAGUGGAAUUUUCCCCACCAUCCCCUAAUCCUACCUUGGACAUAAUCCACUGGGAGUCAGGUGCAGUUCUGUCCCUGUCACCUCUCAAGCUCUGUUAGGGGAAGGAUCCACACUUUGUGCCAGGCUGAUGAUGAUGGCGGAGAAGCCUUUGUACUGGAUGAAAUGAACAGUUUCCACAGACCUUUAAGGGAUGUUAGAGAAGACCAACCCAUUUGAAGCCAGUUUUAUGGGCAAUAUAAAUGACACACUAUGCCCUGUCCUGUUUGGUUUUUUGUUUCAGUUGGCCUUCUUCACUGAUCAUCCUCACAAAUAAGGCAUUACUGCUCCAGAAAAAUGACGGUAGGGUCAAGGAUCCAUUAUCUUCUGAGAGCAGUAACCUGAAAUAAUGGGUGAGUCCUUUUUCCUCUCCAGCACAUCUGUACGGCAGACCUCAGGCCAUGUCUCGCUGUAUGGAAGGAGCUGGAACUCAGAUGCACUAUUCGGGAUUCUCACCUUUUUUUCCCACUUCAGGCCAUAAGAUUAUGCUUUUUUAAAUCCCAGUUUCCAGUGGAAGGAAGCAUUUUAAUUUGCCCCUGAUUGGUGAUUGAUUGAUUGAUUGAUUGUACAUUCCCUUAUUCAAACUGGAUAGCAGAGCAGAACAGUGUUCUCUGGUUUGUUUGCCCCAGUCUCUCCAAUGGUUUUGUUUUGUUUUGUUUUUUUCUUUCCCCAAAUACAAGAUGAGCAUGGGUUUCUUAUCUUGGGAACAGAGAUGUAGUGUGGCAACCAUUCUUUCAUAUCCUCCUGAGAAGUGAUUUCUCUUCUGCUGUCACAGGAUAUAGUUCAUGGACAAGCGAAAGUCAGACGGGUACUUUCUGAAAAGGGGAAUUUCCUUCUUCUGUAGAAUGCUAGAAGAGCAAAUGCUAAGUCAGUGUUUGAUCACUCUGGUUUCUUGAACAUACCUUGUAUCUAGGGAUGGGAGAUUUCUUUAACUUCCUAUAGGUGGGAUCAGAAAGAAGGGUGAGGAAUGUAAACCUCAGGAGAUGUCUAGCUGGUUUUGGUCAGCUUUCAGACAGCACUAUGCCUAUUUCCAGUGUUUUCAUAAAACUUAUUAGAAGAGGGGUCUGCUUCAGCAGGUGACUCGAUUAUAAUUUCAGUGCUUGAUGGUAUCUGGUAUUGUUUUCUCCCUCUAUUCCCCAAGGAAAUCCUUUAAUCCUCCCCUCCCACCCCCCCCACCCCCCCCCCCAAAGGUGCCAACUGACAAGCAGAUGUACUGCAAAAGGGAUACUGCAGCCAAAACACUGCUGUUUUAUUUUGAAUUAAGUCUUGUGGAGCUCUCUUCAUACUAGAAUAUUUUUAUUUUCUUUGUACAACAUACAAUCAUGUACUCUUAACAGAGAUUUACUUUAAAGAGAAGAAAAAAAUCUGGAAGUAUUCUUUAAAAAAAUACACAAAAAUCUUUAUUAAUAAUCCUGUAUUUUUACUGAUCAUGUUUGAAUGUCUAAAAAGACUUUAUUGUUCUAAUUAUCCAGAUGUAUGUUUGUAAAAUAGCUCUUUUAUGACUUAGCUGAUAAGGUUGUAUGUUUCUGGAAUUAAAUAUUGGUCACUUAAAAAAAAAAAUCUGUUUUCAGGAUCUGGGAAAUAGAAAAUUUAAGCGUUUCAAAUAUCAUUAAAUAAGCUUAAAGGAAA